GCACAUUCGCGAGCACAGGGGCUGGCGCAGAGCGAUGGAGCAGGCUGCGGCGUGAGCUCAGAUCCGAGGCCGGCGAGAAGGCACAACCACAGCAGGUGGAAAUCUGACCCAGAGCCAACCAGCGAGAAGAAAGUACCUGAGCACGGCGUCUCCUCCGCCCUCAGCUACUGAGAACUACUUUUACCCUCAUCGUAAAAGAGACUGAGGGGAGGUGAAGGCGACCUGUCCUAUUAGGAGGAAGGCUCCAGACAAUCCCGAUCAGGGCAAGCCGCCGCCCGGUACACGGAGCAGAGCCAUACUGGGCUUCUGAAGAUAAACCCUUUUCCGGAGAAAUCCAGCUGGAGUCGCUGGUACAGUUCUAUUUUUGUAUUUAAAUAUAUAGGCUCUUCGCCUCCCUUUAAAAAAAAAAAAGACAAAAAACAGGGUCCUUUCUGGUAGCAGGAGUGACACGUGUCAGUACAGAGUGGGAAUAUUUACAGCUCGCUCUCUCAUUUGCUGUCACUUUUAGAGGCUAGGAGCGCUCUCUCUGAAACGGGCUUUUUAAUUUUCCCCCCACGUAUCUAUACAUUUACGUUUGAAAAGAGAGACAGCUCCUUUUAGCUUUUGGAGAUCCGAACCUACGGCGAAAGAUGGAAAAGGGGACCCGACACCGAAACAACACUGCGAAGAACCACCCGGGUGGGAGCAGACCCGACAGCAGCCCUGAGGCCGAGGCUGGCUCUGGAGGGGGCGGAGUAGCCCUGAAGAAGGAGAUCGGAUUGGUCAGCGCCUGUGGUAUCAUUGUAGGGAACAUCAUCGGCUCGGGGAUCUUUGUAUCACCGAAGGGUGUGCUGGAGAACGCUGGCUCUGUGGGUCUUGCUCUCAUCGUCUGGAUCGUGACAGGUGUCAUCACAGCUGUGGGAGCCCUCUGCUAUGCUGAGCUGGGUGUCACCAUCCCUAAGUCUGGAGGUGAUUACUCCUAUGUCAAGGACAUCUUCGGAGGACUUGCUGGGUUCCUGAGACUAUGGAUUGCUGUGCUGGUGAUCUACCCUACCAACCAAGCUGUCAUCGCCCUCACCUUCUCCAACUAUGUGCUUCAGCCACUCUUCCCUACCUGCUUCCCCCCAGAGUCCGGCCUGCGACUCCUGGCCGCCAUCUGCUUGUUGUUGCUCACAUGGGUCAACUGCUCCAGUGUCCGAUGGGCCACCCGGGUUCAAGACGUCUUCACAGCUGGGAAGCUCCUGGCCCUGGCCCUGAUCAUCAUCAUGGGUGUUGUGCAGAUUUGCAAAGGAGAAUUCUUUUGGCUGGAGCCAAAGAAUGCAUUUGAGAAUUUCCAAGAACCUGACAUCGGCCUCGUCGCUCUGGCUUUCCUCCAAGGUUCCUUUGCCUAUGGAGGCUGGAACUUUCUUAAUUAUGUGACUGAGGAGCUUGUGGACCCUUACAAGAACCUUCCCAGAGCCAUCUUCAUCUCCAUCCCACUGGUCACAUUUGUGUAUGUCUUUGCCAAUGUCGCGUAUGUCACUGCAAUGUCCCCCCAGGAGCUGCUGGCCUCAAAUGCAGUCGCCGUGACUUUUGGAGAGAAGCUUCUGGGAGUCAUGGCUUGGAUCAUGCCCAUUUCCGUUGCCCUGUCCACAUUCGGAGGAGUCAAUGGCUCACUCUUCACCUCCUCCAGGCUGUUCUUCGCUGGAGCCAGAGAAGGCCACCUUCCCAGCGUAUUAGCCAUGAUCCACGUGAAGCGCUGCACCCCAAUCCCAGCACUGCUAUUCACAUGCCUCUCCACACUGCUGAUGCUGGUCACCAGUGACAUGUACACACUCAUCAACUAUGUGGGCUUCAUCAACUACCUCUUCUACGGGGUUACGGUUGCAGGGCAGAUAGUCCUUCGCUGGAAGAAGCCUGAUAUCCCCCGGCCUAUCAAGAUCAGUCUGCUGUUCCCCAUCACCUACUUGCUGUUCUGGGCCUUCCUGCUGAUCUUCAGCCUGUGGUCAGAGCCAGUGGUGUGCGGCAUUGGCCUGGCUAUCAUGCUGACAGGGGUACCUGUCUAUUUCCUGGGUGUCUACUGGCAACACAAACCCAAGUGUUUCAAUGACUUCAUUGAAUCACUAACCCUAGUGAGUCAGAAGAUGUGUGUGGUCGUGUAUCCCCAGGUGGAGGGGGAUUCAGGGACAGAGGAAGCAGCUGAUGACAUGGAGGAGGAACAGCAGAAGCCCAUCUUCCAGCCUACUCCCGUCAAGGACCAGGACUCAGAGGAACAGCCCUAGCCCUGAGGACAGCCAUCCCUUUGACUGACCACUCCCUCCUUCAUCCUUUCUGCCCUACAUCCCUGCCUAGGUCCCCGCAACACACACAAACACACACACACACACACACACACACACACACACACCUAUACUUCUGACUUCUGUCAGGCAGGAGCAAGAUCUGGGUGUCCACGGUGACAAGUUCUAAACAAAGACACUGACCUUUGUACCCAAAGAACCUGCUUCUAGCCCCAAGGCCCAUGGUUAAGGUCAGCAGUGUACCAGGGGCCUGCACACACUCCAAGUGUUAGAGGAGAAUGAAGGUGCCAUGGGUACCCUUGCAAGCCCCUCCCUCCUGGGCCCAUGCCCUUUAGGUGCCUCUAUGAAACCUGGAUUCACUGCUACUUCUUCUCCUUAGUUCUGAGCCCAGGUUGGGAAGGAGGUAGCAGCCACCAUGAGUUGGUUGGGGAAGGCAACUCAAACACAAGUGUCACCACUCACCGUCAGCUGGAGAAACUCAAAUGCCUGUUCACUCACCAGGGACCCAAAAGGCAGAGGGUUCACCUCUCUACCCUGUACCACUACCACUCCACUGCCCAGCCUGGGCCACAUGCCCAGAAACUUCCCUUUCAGGAUGCCUCCUCCCCACUGAGCUAAGGACCAAGAAGGAGGACCACCCUAUCCCCAACUCUAAACCAAGCUUGUGGAAUACACAGGAAAGGCUCGGACUGUAGAAGUCAAGCCCUGCCCCUGCCCCUGCCCCUGCCUCCUGUCCCCCUGUGGUGCCAAAGCUCCCCGAAGCCAGAAAGACUUCUUAAGUUCAGUCUAAUAGACAUCUAUCUCUCUCUAAAGGGCAAAGCUACACCUCCUCUCCUGUGUGAGGUGGCUGUCUUACCAUCUCAGCAGCUCUUCCCACCCACAGCACUGCUGGCCACCCUCACCAUUUUUCUCCCCCUGGACCUUGGCUCAAGGACCAGGCAGGAAACCAAGCCCUUCGGGCCUGAAAUUAAGAGUCAAACCAGCCUUAAGUCAUCUCCCAUCCAAGAACUGAGCCUAAAAAUGCUCCCUAGUUCUACCCUUCAGGGCAGUCCUGGUAUUAAAUUCCUUCCCUGGAAGGAAGGUUGCUUCCCCUCCCCAGAGGUGCUCAACCCUCACUCUGGGGAGACCAUGCUGGAGUGGGGGGUGUUCUGAAGGCUAGUUCCUCUCACCUUCCCCAACUCAAAAGAUCCCUCCACCAUCCUGCCAUCCCAUUUGGGGCAAGAUGGAAGGUCAGUGACAGAUGGCACUCCCUUUGGAGACAGACCUCAGAAAACAUUUCCAUGAGAGUUGCUAACCUGUGCUCUCCCAGAAGGUAACAGUGUUUGCCUUGUCCUGGCAGCCCCCACAGCUGCUCUGCUAGGGACAGGAUCCUUUAAUCAUAAAGCAGGACCCCAACCCCAAUUCCAUCUCCUCAAACUGGAAAAUGCCAGGGUCUUUGCCUGGCCCAUGUCAAGUCUCCUAACUUCUCACCUAGCUCACCUAACCCCUAAUGGGCAGGAGCCUGGGUGUGGGCUGAAUUAUGGCCCUUCAGAGCACAGUCCAGGCUGGCUGUGGGGCCUCUGGGAGACCAGGGACCAUCCCUCAAUCCCUUUCUUCUCAUUCCUCCAGCCUCUACCCACUCCCUCCUUGAAUUAUUAUUUUUUUUAAGUGGAUGCCUUACUUUUUGGAUAAAUAUUUUUGAAGCUGUCAUUUCUAUUUCUUUCGGAUUUUUUAAUGUUUGGUGGUUUCGGGGGCAGAGCUAGAACCUUAAUUAUCUGUCACUGCGUUCAUUUAGGUUUAAGUUUUAUUGGUUUGUUUUGUGGAGUGUUUUCUUUUCAAGUAAUAAAAUUUUAAAUGGAAAUGGA